AUGCAUUAUGACUCUCUUCCGAAGUCUGUCAUUCGUCGUCCACGACAUACCGAGGUCUCUAAUGAUGCAGUUAUCAAAAUCACAGAACAACCUCCAAAGCUCGUCUGCUGUCAUGGAGACCUCUCCAGGCAAUUUGUGAGCAUCGACAAUCCUUGGUUUUCAUUUCUAUAUGCAAUUGCUCAUGGCAAGAUCCUCCAUGAACCACCGCAUGCUCUCGAACGUCUCGGGCCUCUUAUGCGUCGAACAGACUUUAUAAUUCGAGUAGAGUCUCCAUUCAUCGUCGUAUUUCUAGUCCAGUCUUUAGAUGAAUAUGGUAGCUUCGUAGAGAUUGACCGACAAAGUCGUUGGGAACUUACUGCAGCAGAGCUUCCGGAAUGGCUUCAAGGGAUUUUUAUUCCUGAUGCUGGGAAGGUCUUGGAGUGGAAGUGCAGGAACCAUGGGAAUAGUUUCAGAUGUACUGUCUUCAUGCGGAAAGCCAUGGGCUUGUCUUGGUGGUAA